UCCACCAUCAGCUGUCAAUCGCGCUGACACAGCGUUCGCUUGUGUGCGUAUGUGUUUUGGUCCGAGACAACACGUUCGUAGCCUUUGGUUACAAUAUAUUGCUUUUACCGAUACUGGAAACCCUCUUGUGAUGUCAGUAGGAAAUUAUUGUAGAAAACAGAAACACCAUUUUUACCUUGUGAUGCUAGUGGAGUAAAUAUUUAUUAAAAAUUACAACCAAACAAAAGCGGGCACGAUGAGUGAAACCAAAAUUACCGACUACAAGCUGCUCGAGCGACUCGGCAGCGGCACAUACGCAAUCGUGUACCGUGCGAUGCAUAAGACUACGCAAGAGAUUCUGGCCGUGAAAGUGAUGGCCAAGAGUAAAGCUUCCCAUUCCGCGAUGGAUAAUAUAAUAAGCGAAAUCAGCUUGUUGAAAAAGCUAAAGCACCGGCACAUCGUCGAGAUGCGGGACUUCCUGUGGGACGACGCAAACAUUUACAUCCUGAUGGAGUACUGCAAUGCCGGCAAUCUUUCAUCCUACAUUAAACAAAACCGCACGCUCGACGAAGAUACCUGCAAACGGUUUCUGCAGCAGCUGGCCCUCGCCCUGCGCUACAUGCGCCAUAACGACGUUAGCCACCUGGACCUGAAACCGGCCAACCUGCUGCUCACCAAACAUGCCGGCACGUACACGCUGAAGGUGGGCGAUUUUGGAUUUGCACAGCGGCUAAAACCGUACCAGGAAAAUACGGCCGUUAAAGGAUCUCCGCUCUAUAUGGCGCCGGAAAUAUUGCUUAAAACAUCGUACGGCCCGGCGGCCGACCUGUGGAGCGUAGGCGUCAUCCUGUACGAGUGUCUGUUCGGGCAGGCACCGUACAGUUCGAAAAGUUUGCACGAGCUAGCCGAACGCAUUCAUCGGAACGAUCCGAUUACGAUACCGGCCCGGCCCGCCAUAUCGGCCGAAUGUCGCCAGCUGCUUACUAGCCUGCUGCAGCGCGAUCCAGCCCAGCGCAUUACGUUCGAGAAAUUUUUCGACGAUCCGUACCUCGAUUUGGCGCACGUAGCGUGCUCCGAGAAUCUGCACAAAGCAAUCGCACUGAUAAACCGAGCAAUCGAGAAGGAGCAGCGCCAGGAGCUGGGUGCCGCGUAUCGGGCGUACUGCCAGGGGCUGCAGUAUUUUGUGCCGAUAACGCGGGCUGAAUCGGAUCCGGCCAAACGGCAGCUGUUACGACAGCGCGUCCUAUCGUACCUGAAACGUGCAGAAAUGCUUAAGCAACAAAUUUACGCCACCAGCCAGAUGCUGGAUCAACCCCACAAGCAACAGCAACAGCCGACAACGUCACAGAAUAUCAGACCAUCCGACAGGCAGCUGCCCAGCAGUUCGGCCACGCAGGAAGUUUCGAGUUCUCCGAGCAAAGGUACGCCUGGUGGGACCGAUCCACCGAACACACGCCGGGAGUCAGAUUUGGUGGAGCUAGCGCGUGAAUAUGAAAACAUUGCCCGUGGACUUCAAAUUGGCCGCCAAGCCGAUAAGGAUGCGUCCGAGAAUAGGUUGGAUGUGGCGCUGGACGGUUACACGACCGCGCUCGGGUUGCUCAUACCGGCCCUGCACAAGGACAUCGAGGUUGAGCAGAAACGGCUGCUCCGGCAACGGAUCGAACACUGGAUGGAGGAGGCGGAACACAUCAAAUCGAUCCGGUCGGCACAAAUCAUGCAGGAGAUGGAAAGCACGGGAACGAACCAUUACGGCUGUAUCGUGCAGUGAACCUCCCGACGGACAGGGCGAUAUUUGCUCUCUUGCUAUUUUUUUUCUAAUACAACACGUACACACAUAAACACACGCAUGAAAUGAUAUUAAAAUUAGGAUAACCAGAUAACACUGAAAGGGCGACAAAUCUGGCGGAUAGUCGUUAGUUACCCCGUAUCGAUAGAAUUGUUGAAGGCAUUCGAUUUCCGCCACGAGUCGACCUCGCUCUCCAGUGGAGCUCUGGUGAUGUGAUAUACUCGUACCGGCUUAAGUUUCCCGUCGAUUUUUCCGAACCUUAUAUGCAUGUGUCUGUUUGUGUGCACGAUGCACAGCCCUACCUGCUUCUUAAUUCACGGCCUAAUUCCAGUAUUCUCAAACAAGAAACACCGAUUUGUUCCUAUCAUGUACGGCUUUAUGAAUUACGCACCAUGGGUGUAUGUGAUGUACGGACUGAUGUGUUGUCGAGUCCCCACAUCAGCAGUGAGAUUUCCGAUCCCCGCUUUAUUUAAAUAAACAUAAAAAUAAAACUAACGACGCACGGUACCACGGCUCGUAAAUUGUAUUACAGACGUUGUGAUUUAAUGGCGAUAGGGAACCAUUUUUUUCAAUAACAUUAAACAAUCAAUUAAUCG